UAUGUUAUUAUCCCUGACAGGUGGGCUCCACGUGUCAGCGACUGUUUGCUCGUUGCUGUUUGCUCCCGCGACGACGAAUCCGUGCCGACCUCGCUUCCCCGCCGGCCGCCAUGAAAUUGGAGCUUCCGAGAGGAGAAAAUCUCGAGAAGUAGAGAGAGAAAACCACAGCGUGAGCGAGCGUGGGCGUCCUUGAUUCCGGCGACAUGAAGGCCCCCGCCGCGGCCGCGGCCGCGGUCGGCAACAGGGCUGGUGGGGUGGAUCCGUCGAUUCCGCGGUUCAAGUGCCAGGAGUGCCACCGCGCGCUCGUCGUCGUCGGCGUGGAUUCCUUCGCCGAUAAGCUCCCGGCUCAGGCCACCUCUGCGCAUGCAUCCUCUGUUCAUGGAAGUAUUAUGGGAGCUAGCAGGAUGGAUAAUUCUUAUGUCGUGCUAUCCAAGCAAAACAAAUCUCAUGGCCAUGGAAUUCCCCCACGCCCACCAAGUGCAGCAGCCCCACAUAUCGAACCUAACCAGCCAACAAGAGCGAUGGAGGGUUCAUAUAUAGUGCUUCCACCUGCUGCUGCUUCCAUAUACAAGACAUCUACUUCUGAAGGAGGUGGUGCGCAGUUGCCACCACCAAGUAUCAAUUCCAGUAGUUUGUUACCAGGAAAUAGUUUUCACUCUAACGUGACUGUAUUAAAACGGGCAUUUGAGAUUGCUACGUCACAAACUCAGGUUGAGCAGCCAAUGUGUCUGGACUGUAUGAGGUUGCUCUCUGAUAAGAUGGAUAAGGAGAUUGAAGAUGUUAAUGCUGACAUUAAAGCUUAUGAAGUCUGUCUUCAACAUUUGGAGCAGGAAUCCCACACUGUCCUCAGCGAUGCUGGUUUUCAGAAGGAGAAACUGAAGAUUGAAGAAGAAGAAAAGAAGCUUAACGCCGCUAUUGAAGAAGCUGAAAAGCAAUAUUCAGAAAUUAGUUCUGAGAUGAAGGAUCUUGAAAUAAAAUCUAAAGAAUUUGAAGAAUUGGAAGAAAGGUAUUGGCAUGAAUUCAAUAGCUUUCAGUUUCAGUUGACAUCUCACCAGGAAGAAAGAGAUGCAAUUUUGGCCAAAAUAGAAGUUUCACAGGUUCAUUUGGAAUUGCUGAAGCAAACAAAUGUUCUCAAUGAUGCAUUCUAUAUUUCACAUGAUGGAGUAAUUGGAACAAUAAACAACUUCCGACUCGGACGCCUUCCUAAUGUACAGGUUGAAUGGGAUGAGAUAAAUGCUGCUUGGGGUCAGGCUGCUCUUCUUUUGCAUACCAUGGCUCAGUACUUCACCCCAAAAUUUGAGUACCGGAUUAAGAUUCACCCUAUGGGUAGCUACCCAAGAGUCACAGAUAUCCACAAAAAUACAUAUGAACUUUAUAUCAUGCUAACCAGGUUUGGUCCCGUGAAUUUAUUCUGGAGCACACGUUUUGACAAAGCCAUGACAUGGUUUCUAACCUGCCUGCAAGAUUUUGCUGAGUUCGCUAUUAGCUUGGAUAAAGAGAACAAUGUACCACCUGAGAAGUCAUUAAAGCUCCCAUACAAGAUUGAUGGUGACAAGGUAGGGAGCCACACAAUCUUCUUAAGUUUUAAUAAAGUGGAGAACUGGACGAAAGCACUAAAAUACACGCUGUGCAACUUGAAGUGGGUCCUCUACUGGUUUAUCGGCAAUACGAGUUUCGCACCACCAUCUGGAUCUUUGUGUGCAGCGCAAUCAUCUAAGAGAUGAUGAUGUCACUGACCUAUUAAGGUGGUGUUUGGAUCCAGGGACUUAACUUUAGUCCCUAUAUUUAGACACUAAUUUAGAGUAUUAGAUAUAGACUACUUACAAAACUAAUUACAUAAAUGAAAGCUAAUUCGCGAGACAAAUUUUUAAGCCUAAUUAAUCCAUAAUUAGAGAAUGUUUACUGUAGCAUCACAUAGGCUAAUUAUGGAUUAAUUAGACUCAAUAGAUUCGUCUCGCGAAUUAGUCUAAGAUUAUGAAUGGGUUUUAUUAAUAGUCUACGUUUAAUAUUUGUAAUUAGUGUCCAAACAUCCAAUGUGAUAAGGACUUGAAAGUUUUAGUCCCAUCUAAACAUGGUCUAAACUGAUUGUAGCCGCACAUUGAACAGAUAGUAGCAUUGACGUGACAUAUUCAAAGAUGAAUAGUUUAUACAACUAACUCUUCGCUUCUUUUAA